AUGGAUUAUUUCCCAGUGAUUUUCUCGCUGCUGUUUGUGGCUGUCCACGGAGCUCCAGGCACAGUGGCACCGGGAGGUGAGCUCAGCACCAGGGCUGAGAGCAAAGGAGACAAGCCCCCUCCUAGCGCGCCCUGGCGGCCCCGCAGGUCCAAGCGCUGCUCCUGUUCUUCCCUGAUGGACAAGGAGUGUGUCUACUUCUGCCACCUGGACAUCAUCUGGGUCAACACUCCCGAGCAUGUUGUUCCAUAUGGGCUUGGAAGUCCUAGGUCCAAGAGAUCCUUGAAGGAUUUAUAUCCUACAAAGGCAGCAGACCAGAAGAAUAGAUGCCAGUGUGCUUGCCAAAAAGACAAGAAGUGCUGGAAUUUUUGCCAAGCAGGAAAAGAACUUGGAGCCCAAGACACAAUGGAGAAAGACUGGAAUAACCAGAAGAAAGGGAAAGACUGUUCCAAGCUUGGAAAGAAGUGUAUCCAUGAACAGCUGAUAGAAGAAAGAAAAAUGAGAAGGUUGGAAGCCAUCAGCAACAGCAUCAAAACAUCUUUUCGUGUUGCAAAGUUGAAAGCUGAGCUCCAGAGGGGGCAGAAAGUGACCCACAACCGAACACAUUGA